AUGAAAAUUCUUCAUUUAUUGCUUAUACUAUUCUUGGUUUCUGUUGCUAUCUCUCAAGAAGCAACAACUACUUGCACAGAAGACUAAGUCCUAGUAAAAGGAAAGUGUAAGGAUGCUAAAAAUUGCAAGACAUAAAUUGGAUUCUUUAAACAGACACAAGCUAACGGAAAGAAACAAAUUGCCAGAAGACCCACAUUCGGUGUGUAAUUGAAGGAUGGAAAUCUUGUAUUCUCAUUGACAUUUGCCAAUGGCAAAGACCUUUAGACUUCUGUAGAAACCGGAUAAACUACAACAUGUAUUCAGGUUAAUUUGAGAAGAUUUGGAGCUGCAUUUACUAAUGAAGUAGCUGAUGCUUCUACUAUUACAUCAGUCUCUACAGACACAUCAAGAACUUGGAGCUUCACCGUCAAUAAGGAUUAAUUCGAUACAGUAUUUUUGAAGGAUGAAUCCACAGAUGAGAUUAAAUAUACCGGAUUUUAUGCCAUCUCUGUGACCUUGUUAUUACCCAACGAUAAUGGUGUUAAACCCUUGGCUUUCUUUGCUUUUAAAUUUUCUGGAGUUUUUAGCAAAGAUUUAGCAACCCUUAAAUCAAGUGAGAUCAAACCAAAAGUACAAGCUGAGUAGGUAUGCGCAGAUACUGCAGGAGAAUAAUGUGUCAAUACUGCUCAAUCCACAUUGACAUUGUGCUCAGAUGAUACCUGCUCAACCCCUCUCAAUACUAAUGAAUUAGUUGUUGGAGACACCAUUUAUAUUAAAUAAACAAUCACUUAAGAUGGCUUUAAAGGUGGAAAAUGGAAACCCAUGGACGCUGAAAUUACAGUGGUUGCAGAUGGAGUAUCAAAAACAGUGACCCCUAAAAAAUUGGAUAAAGGAUAGAAUGGUGAAUAAAUGUAUUAACUUAAACUGAACUUCUUGGGUAAUAAAGUCACCAUUGCUUCUGAUGCCACAUUGGGAGAAACAACAGCUGCAAGAAUUUUGUAAGAAACUGCAGAUGACCCUUCAGUGGUUGGAUCAACUUCUGUUACUUGCAUUAAAGAGACUUCCUCUAGUUCAUGCCCAACAUAAGAUUAGGUGCUUACAUACAACUCAGAGAAUUGUGCAGGAGUCUCAUGUGAUGACGAAAGUUCAAAUGCAAUGAUAUUCUAAGUCUUAAUUGCAAUGUUAGGAUUAUUGAUAUUAUGA